UGGUGAUAGUUGGAGUUUAGACUGACAGGACAGACGCAGAAAUAAAGCAGGAAUGGCUAAAAGUGAUGCAAGCUCUUAUUUCAGAAGAACGAGUCUCUUCUGGAUUCUAAGUGUAUCUAUCUCUAUGAGUUACUACACUUGGGCCGUAUUCUGGCCACAGCAGAUUCCUUAUGACAGUUUGGGACCACUUGGUGCUCUGACAAAGUAUCUGGUUAAAGAAUAUUACACUUUUAUGUACAAGGGAUGGUGGAUGGCUUGGACUGUCCAUGCUGUUGAAGCCCUCGUGGCACUAAAACUAUGCAGUGAUCGAGGAAUUGUUAACCCUUCAGCUCGGUUCCAGUGGUUUGUUCAGACAUUACUGUUUGGCUUUGCAUCUCUGGGUUUGCUCAUCAAAUACAAGCCCGGCAGCCGAACCAAGCGACACUAAGCAGCUGCAGACAUGUACUGCUCUGAAAUCAGACCUCGUUUUUAAACGGAUGAAGCAGGAAUUGAUUGAAGUACAUUUCCACAACUGAACAACACUUGCAUUCCAUUUUACACUACAUAUCUCAGAGAACAUAGGGUUAACAGGAUUUUGUAUUAUGGUUCUAAAAAUUAUCUAUUUUUUAUUCAGAAUAAGCUGUAGAGAUUUUAAAAUGUUUAACUGCAGCUGCAAAAUAAAAGGACACGUGUUGGUAAA